UUCCUCUUUCUAUUCAAAUUCGAUCGACGCUAAAGAAAUUUGAUUCAUCAAACAACAAUGUCGUGGCAAACUUACGUUGAUGAUCACUUGAUGUGUGAAAUCGAGAACGGCCAUCAUUUAUCCUCCGCUGCUAUUCUCGGUCUCGAUGGAAGUGUUUGGGCCCAGAGCUCCGCUUUUCCUACGUUUAAGCCUGAAGAGAUUACUGCCAUCAUGAAAGAUUUUGAUGAACCUGGGUCCCUUGCACCAACUGGGCUGCACCUUGGUGGCGCCAAGUACAUGGUCAUCCAGGGAGAGCCUGGAGCUGUGGUUCGUGGGAAGAAGGGCACGGGUGGCGUAACAGUGAAGAAAACAGGGCAAGCAUUGAUUUUCGGGAUAUAUGAUGAACCAGUGACUCCGGGACAGUGUAACAUGGUUGUUGAGAGGUUGGGUGAUUACCUUGUUGAUCAGGGUAUGUAGGCCUCAAACACUCCUCCCCCCAUUUUUUUACCUUUCCAUCUUUCUUCCAUAGCCAUCAGUUGGCUUUAAAGUUUUCUGGAGUUGAUUGAUGAUAAUAAAUCAUGUGAAAGACAAAUUAUUUAUUGUAUGCUGGGGUUUUUUCUUUCUUCUCCCAUUCCCAUUCCAUUCUUUUUGUUUAUUAAGAAA